GUGGGAGUAUUUUACGAGGUGGGGUGCGCGCGCCGCAUGCUUCUUGCUUGUUUUGAUCCCGUAUUCCUCCCCUGCUCAUGUGCUUUUCCUCGUUCCCACAGCUUUGUCGUAUACACCAUCAGCAACCGCAGUCUCUUCUCCUUCUGGACAAAAACCAAAAACGUCCCCCGUCUCACCCCUUCUCAAUUCGAGCGCAUCGUCGCGGCAUCCCACAACGCCAAGGAAGCACUCGCGCUGUUCGAGCAGGCCUCGCCUUACCUCUUCUCCGUAAAACCCAUAUCUCAGAACCGCACCGGGUUUCCAGGGGAAGGCGGCCAUUGUGACCUCUACGAAGGCCCUGUCACCGAAGACGAUGCCGAGCGUGUGAAGAAGGCAUGGCAGGAGUUGGGCAAAUCUGCUGAUGGGCUGGCCAACACGUACCUUGUCAAGCACGCCGAUGGGAGUUAUGAGGUUAAGAUUGCCUGCAUCGAGGUGAAGGAAAAGGAGACCCAACAACUGGAUGAUUUGAAACUGGUCGUUUCGUACGGAGCGGAUAGGGAAGAGCUCCAGCUCAUGGUCGACGAAAUCAAGCAGGCUAUCCCAUUCGCGCCGGGCGAGCUCCAACCUCAGAUUCUGCGCAAGUACAUUGAAUAUUUCACCACUGGCGACUUCCGCAUCAAACGGGAAAUCGGGAGAUUGUUCAUUAAUGAUAAGGAAGCAAUCAUCGACUUGAAUAUCGGCUACGAUUGGACCUACGGCGACCCUGACGGAAGCAGGGGUGUUUUUGAUGGUUUCGUUGGCGCCGUCAACAAGGAACAUGGCAUCAAGUACCACAAUCUGGUCCUCAAAGGCCCCGAGAUCCUCCGCGAGCUGCCGUACCCCGACCAAUACCACGGCGAAUUCAUCGCACCGUCCUUCAAAGCCAUCGACUUGUUAACCACCCGCGGCUUCAUGUACGGCAUCGCGAUCGAAGCCACCGACGACAUUGGAAACAUAUGUGGGAUGAAGCAGUUUGAAAUGUCGAAUAUUGCAAACGCGAUGAAAUCUCAGGAGAACUUGUACCUCUCCGACGAAGAUCAUGCGUUGGUUGUGAAAGCCGGAAACGGGAUCAUGUGUUUGAUGUUGGGGUUGCAUGAGUUGUUGGGACAUGGGGCCGGGAAGGAUUUCAGGGAGGAUGAGAAUGGGAAGUUGAACUUCGAUCAGGAAGCGACGAGGGACCCGUUCAGCGGAGAGUUUGUAAAAUCUUGGUACAAGCCGGGUCAAUCCUUCAACAACGUCUUCAGCAGCAUCGCGUCCGCCUACGAAGAAUGCCGCGCCGAACUCGCAACCCUAGUCCUCGCCCACAACCCCACCGCCCUUCGCGUCUUCGGCUACGAAAAAGAGACCCAAGCCGCGCACGACGCAACUUACAUCGUCUACAUCAACAUGUGCCUGCAAGGCCUGGCCGCCGUCGGGUCCUACGACCUCGAAUCCCAAAGAGUCCCCCAAGCGCAUGCAAUGGCCCGUUUCGUCAUCCUCCGCGCCAUGCUCGAGUGCGGGUUCGCGACCGUCACCAAAGAAACAGACGGGAAAGUAUCCCUCCGUUUCCGCCGAGACCUCCUCGACACCGCCGCCCGCGACGCCGCGAGGGAUCUGUUGGCGAAGAUGCAGGUCGCAAAGUCCACGGGCGAUCUCCACGCCGUCGGCGCGAGGGAAUAUGUGAGGCUUAUGGGCUUGACGGAGGAGUUGAGGGGGGUUCGGGAGGUUGUUGCGGGUAACGCCGCGAAGAAGGUGGUUCCGGUUUUUGUGCAGGGGAAUACGGUGCUGCGGGAGGACGGGGAGGUUGAGUUGAGGGAGUAUGAGGCGAAUUGGGAGGGGGCUGUCAAGGCGUUGUUUGAGAGGGUGGGGUGAAAGGAUGUUUGGUGUAAUGGUGGAGCUCGUAGACUCGUAGCGUGGACUGAAUUUCGUACCUUUACCCGGCGUAAUAUGGAGAUCUCUAGAAAUGUUAUGGCGACGCACUGGAAUGUUCGGAUAUUAGCCCUGCUGAGAGAGGGGAUGGUGGAGAAGGCGGUGGACAACUUGAGUGCGAGCGGCUGUUGUCUUCAUUGAGUCCAAAAAUGGUUACCAUCCAAAACGGACGGGUGGUGUUGGGGAGGUGGCUGCAGUAGUAGGCGGACUUCCCAUCUCAAGUCCCGGUGUAAUGCGAUUCAUGGGUGCGUGGAAUAUGAUUUUGAG